UGACCUUUCAAUAAAUAAAUUUACUUUGAGAAUUUUAAUUACAGAUGUGAUAUGAAAUCAUUUUGGUUUUGUAUGAAAAUUUAUUGGACACGGUGUAGCUAUUGCAAGAAAGAAAGACACCAUUUUUAGCACAACCGGAGCACUCUUUCGGGGUCUAUUAUUUUUCCAAGGAAUCGCAGUUUUGUUUUAGCUCCUAAAUUAAAAGCACAAAAUAAGCAACAGGUUGCAAUAUUUAAACGCGUUUUUGGUAGGUUGAUAUGGUAACGGUUGCUAAGGGACCAAGCGUACAACAAAUGUUGGACAACUUUACUAAACGACAAACGACUAACAAUUAGCAGCGAUAUAAAAAGUGUUCAUAUAUAAAACAAAUCAUACUAAUAAUUAUAAUUAUGGCCGAUUCCAAGACAAAAUCGCCGCGUAAGCGCCGCACACGUGCUCGUCAUCGAAAACGCCAAUCGCAAUCGAAAAUCGUCAAACAACUACAGCCGAACAUAACAGCAACGCAACCCGAACCGCCAAAAGAAACUCUAAUCGCGAGAAAGCUCAAACCUCAACUCAAUCCGGAUUACAUCCAAGAAGAAUUGGAAAUAAAAUCAUCGUUGGAACGGCUCAAGAUCGAUGACCGAAACGAUUCCUUCGAUGACUAUGCUCGGGAAGUUCUUUUCUUCGUAGACUCUAUACCGGAGGUUUAUUACGACGCCCACGAGAAUCUCGAAGAGGUGACCGAACAAGCGGAGUCCGUUCCGCAUGAGAAGUCACCCUCCAUUCGAACCGUUUCCAACGCUCAGGACUCGCCGACACACCUCGCUUCGUCAUAUGUACAACCAGAAGAGGAUCUAGUGAUAGAACCGUACAAGUUGGAAAGGAUUACAUUUGAUGACGAAAAUUUACUUUUUAUUCCGUCGAAAUAUGUGUCGGAAGAUAUCAAAGAAACGCUUCAAGAAGUUACUGUUCACUCAGAGAAAGAAAGCGAAAGCGUAUCUAGUAUACCGCUGAAACCUGAUCUUGACGAAGCCAAUAAAUCACGAAUGAUAAAUAGAUUGCUCGAAGAGGAGCAAGAAGAAUGGUUCGAUGCCAGUGGAGAUUUAGCCAAUCUACAAAAUUUCAUCGUUGAUAAGCGAGUGAAGGGAGUAUGUGGCAAGAAGUUCAUCCCAUACUAUGUGGAACCGAUGCCAAUGUCCACGACAGCAGAUCAACUGCCAAUGGAGCGGACGGUAAAGAUCUUGAUCGGAAAACUUCGAUUCGAGAACCACCCCUCAUUUGAUGAGGUGGUACGAUUGAGAUUGAAACUGGAACAAUGCUAUAAGCAGUACUACACCAACAGGAAAUUGAAAGUAGUUCCCGUGCUGCAGCAAAAAUUGGACGAUUUGAGGGAAGCAGGUAAAGAGUCAUCCAAUGCGGAUGAUAUGGGUCUCAAAAUGCAACGUCGAGAAUUGCGCAAACUAGUCUACAAAGAAGCGAAAUCAGAGCGACAGCUGGAGCAGCAGAUAGUCAAAAUUUGGAAGGAAUUAAAGGACAAAAAAUCUGAUCAAGGAUAUAAAUUGACAAUCAACAGCGAGGAAACAGACCAACAAGAGGAUAAGGAUAACUGGAACGACCGCUACGCAAUUGAGCUUGGUGAAACAAUCGAAGAAGAACAAGAGCUGUACAUCAAAGAAAAACAGGACUACAAAUCGUAUCUCCGUGACUUGGAACAGAACAUCGACGAAGCCGAAAUAGCGGCCGUUCAAAAACCCAAAAAACCUGACCUGACGCGGCUGAAGCAAGAAUUCGGUAAAUCGUUCGGUGAAUCGUUCCGCUCGCCAGAGGAGCCUUUAAUCAGUUUAGUCCUGCAAAAGGACACAGAGAGCUCUUUUGAGUCGAAUAUGAAAAAAGAUUCACGUUAUAAGAUCAGAUUCUACAUUGAUGAGAAGCACGUGGCAUCGACUAUGUCGAGACAGUUCCAAAAUAACUUUCUCGUGGAUUUCAACACAUCAUUUUCGGUGAAAUUGACAACGAAAAUCCCAGAAACGAUGAAAAUCGAAUUAUAUGAAAAGAAUCGAUUAAAAAUUAAGCUGAAAUUGGCCGAGAUAUUUAUCCCACUGCCAAAUUCCAACGAACUGUUCGAGGAUGUGGAAUAUGUACAGUACGAAUUUUCUUCCGGAAAACUUUUCAAAUCAAACGAGUAUCGUAAUGGUAAAAUUGAUUUGAAAGUAGGUUGGUUGGAGGAGGGUGGAUCAAGCUUUCCAAGUCCUUCUAAGCGAAGAAACCUACCAAAGCGAGUUCAAUUAUCCAAAGAUUUGAUACAAAAAUGGUUUGACGAACAAGCACUCGAUCCAAAUGACUCAGAUGCGGAGAUUCUUAUGAAAGCUUUAGAGAAAGAACAGCGAGAGCAAGAUUCGGAUGACGAGAAAGACGAUCUCCAGGAAAAAGAUGAACCGUUUGUCUUCAACGAAGAUUUGCUGGCAUUUUGUUCUGAAGAAGAGAUCAAUGGGAACGAACGUUUGAAUAUGUUGAGUCAGAGAUUUUAUAGUAAUUUAAAAUAUAAGAACAUAAAGUUUAUUCCUCAACUAGAUCGAGAGGUGGAAAUUCCAGAUGAAACAAAAAUUAUUGAUGAAACUCUCGGUACGGAUCCGAUCGAUCUACAGCGACAUCGAGGGAAAAAAUACCUUAAAAAGGUCUAUGACACCAUUACCAAUCAUUGCAGUGUGAUCAAUCAGGAUAAAAUCGAUGACAAUUUACUAAUCGGAGAUCAGAUACCCACAUUUGGUACGUUGAGCUUGGCAUUCUUCGAAAUCUUCGGCCCACGACGACCGCUGAAACCUUCGAGACGAUCCCCCAUGAGCAGAACCUCGAUACGAGUGUCGGACGUGAACCAGUUCAAAAUAGUAGUUACGAUUGUGCGAGCAUUUGGGAUUCCCAGCCGAUCGGAAGAUCAUCAGCUUUCGUCCGCUGGGCGACGCAACAGUAACAUGUCAUCGACAAAAUUUUCAUUUCGAGCAUCCAAUGUACGACCUUACAUCACCAUAUCGAUCAAGGAUAAAAUUUUGCGAACUUCUACAGCAGAUGGGACCAAUCCGACUUGGAAUGAGCAACUGGCAAUUCCGCUGGACGCCAACAGCGACCAAAUGAGAAGGUACCUG